CGCAGAUGAUAUCAGAGGGGUGUAGAGAGGGUCUGACGGAGGAGGCUCUGAACCACUACAAUGCUGAUCUCCCCGCCCCCUCACCCUCCAAGGUCCCUCCCACUUUGCAGGUUACCACGGCAACCCCAACCACCACCUCUGCCGCUGCAUCGUUCUUCGCCAGAGCUGCCCAGAAGUUGAACCUGUCUUCUAAGAAGAAGAAGCAGUGCCCAGCGCCCCCCCCAGUGGUGUGCGACCCCCCUCUGUUCCCCACCAACUUCAGUGGGACCCUGCAGACCACCCCUCCCCCUGCCCCCCCCUGCCUGCUACGGGCUGCCAGCAAGAUCAAAGACACCCCCGGACUGGGCAAGGUGAAGGUGAUGGUUCGUGUGUGUCCUGUGACUUCCUCAGAUGCAGCAGAGUCCAGCUCCUUCCUCAAAGUGGACACCAGGAAGAAGCAAGUGACCAUCAUGGAGCCCUCAGCCAACCAGACAAAAGGGAACACCCCCCAGAAACGAGGAGGAGCCAAUCAGGUCCCGCCUAAGAUGUUUGCCUUUGACGCUGCCUUCUCCCAUGAUGCAUCACAGGCGGAGGUGUGUGCUGGUACUGUAGCUGAGGUAAUUCAGUCUGUGGUGAAUGGAGCCGACGGCUGCGUCUUCUGUUUUGGCCACUCUAAACUGGGUAAAUCCUACACCAUGAUAGGUGGUGACGAGUCCAUGCAGACCCUGGGGAUCAUCCCCUGUGCCAUCUCCUGGCUCUUCAAACUCAUCAACGAGAGGAAGGAGAAGACAGGAGCACGUUUCUCUGUCCGAGUCUCUGCCGUAGAGGUGUGGGGUAAAGAGGAGAACCUGAAGGACUUGCUAUCUGAAGUGGCGACAGGCAGUUUGCAGGACAGCCAGUCCCCUGGAGUCUACCUCUGCGAGGACCCCAUCUGUGGCAUGCAGCUCCAGAACCAGAGUGAGCUGCGAGCCCCCACGCCAGAGAAAGCAGCCUUCUUCCUGGAUGCAGCCAUAGCAGCUCGCUAUAGCAACAGAGCUGACUCCGACCCGGAGGAGCAUCUCAACUCACACAUGCUGUUCACACUGCACAUCUACCAGUACCGCAUGGAGAAGACUGGCAAGGGAGGGAUGUCAGGAGGUCGCAGUAGGCUCCACCUGAUAGACCUGGGCAGCUGUGUGAAGGUGCUAGGAGGAGGGAAGGGCAGAGACAGCAGUGGUAGUAGCAGCACCACAGCAGCAGGGCUGUGCCUGUCUCUGUCUGCCCUGGGGAACGUCAUCCUGGCUCUGGUCAACGGCAGCAAACACAUCCCUUACAAGGACAGUAAGCUGUCCAUGCUACUGAGAGAGUCGCUGGGCAACAUGAACUGCCGGACUACCAUGAUCGCACACAUCUCCUCGUCGCCUAGCAACUUCUAUGACACGCUCUCCACGAUCCAGAUCGCCUCCCGCCUCCUCCGCAUGAAGAAGAAGAAGACCAAAGUCAGCAUGCAAUACACGUCCAGUUCAUCAGGGGGUGAGAGUUCGUGUGAGGAGGGACGUAUGCGUCGCCCCACUCACCUGAGACCGUUCCACUCCCGUAGCUCUGCAGACUCAGACCUGCCCCUGCUGCACCUCUCCAGCGACCCAGACAACUACUCCAGCAGCGAGCAGUCCUGUGACACUGUCAUCUAUGUGGGUCCCAAUGGGGGUGCCAUCUCGGACCGCGAGCUGACCGACAAUGAGGGCCCGCCAGAGUUCGUCCCCGUCAUCCCUGUUUUGCCGACUACGCCACCUCUGCGGCAGCAGCAGACAGUACUCCCCCAGGCUCAGCUUGUCCCUACACAGACACACACCCAGCCCACUACCGAGCCCCUCAACGCCCCCAACCAGCCCCCACUCCCCCUUCUCCAGCCCCCAUUCUCCCCGGUUCAUCCCCUGCCCCCGCUCCCCCUCCUCCAGCCCCCAUUCCCUCUCCUCCAGCCCCUGGGUCAUCCCCUGCCCCCCGUGCCAGAGGAAGGGGCUGAGUGCCUGAAGUGCAACACCUUCGCUGAGCUACAGGAGCGUCUGGAGUGUAUCGACGGGAGCGAGGAGGUGGCAAAGUUCCCCUUCGAGGAGGUGCCGGCUAACAGGGGGGCUAAGACCGACACCCUGGUUCCCCCAGGGUAUGAGAUGGGGCGUAAAGGAGGGGUGGUGGAGGAGGUAGAGCCCCUCAGGAGGAUGUCCAAUGACCAGCAGCUCCAGGAGAUCAGGGAGGUGGUGGAGGAGGCAGAACUGGCCCAGACCAUGAUAGAGAGUCUGAGCCUGACCGGCAGCUGCAGUGUGACGGGAAGCAGUGAAGCAGGACAUACCAACACCAACCCUCUACAGAGGGCCAAGAGUGCCAGCCUCCAUGACAGUCGUGAGUCUCUGAGCGCGGGCAGUAGCAGUGAUGGUAAGCCCCGCCCCCUGGGCUCUCCUCGGCUGGGCAUCGCAUCUCUUACCAAGACCUCUGACUACCGACCUCCCUCCUCACCCUCACAGCGCUGCAAGGUCUACACCCAGAAGGGUGUGAUGCCGGGAACGCCCCCUCUGUCCUGCCAGAGUCUGUCUACUGCAGACAGCCUGGCUGCAGACAGUGUGAGGUCCUCUACAGAGUCCCUGCUGCAGCCGGUGUCCCUGUCCAGAACCUCCCCCGCGGGGAUGAGUCCCCGGGACCUCAAACGAACCAACUCCUCGUCUGCUAGCCUGGGGUCGGCUGAGACACUGUGUGAUGAGAAUGUUCCUCAGAUUCCUCUGGAUGGACGCAGGGAUACCCCAGCUCCAGCCCCCAACCCUAGCUCUCUGGGGGAAGACGAGCUGGUGUUCACACUGGGGUGUAAGAGGGGCCUGGAGGUCCGGGGCCUGCUGGAGGGUGGCGGCCGUCCCACCAGCAUCAUUAGCUUCAGCAGCGACUGUUCCGUCACUGCACUGGACUCGGGGUCCCGCCCUAUCUCCAUCAACAGCAGCAUCAGCGAGGACCUGGAACACUAUGGAAUCAACACUACUGUUGUUGCUUCGACCACCAGGGUGAUCCCCAUAACAAUCGCCAUCGCGGAGGUCAGCAUGGCAAAGCUUUGUGUGGAAGGAGAGGCGAUGGCGGCGGUGCCUAGCCGACGGUCAUCCAUCUCAUCGUGGCUAAGUGACCUGAGUGUUGUUAGCGACGGAGAUCAGUCUCUGCACAGCUUCAGCCAGUCCCAUGGACACGGGGAGGCUCUGGCCGAACCAGACCCCACACAGGUCCCUCUCUGUGGGGAAAAGGAGCAGGACGAGGCGUCCCUGGGUUAUGGAGGAAGGAAGACUCCUGAGAGUGAAGUAGCAUUGUCUGGAGAUGUAAAAGGGAGGGAGACUAAGGAGAGGCUGAAGAGACUGCCCCCCUCCCUGGGUAAGACCACCAUCUCCAUCUCUGACAUGCAGACCCUGGGGGCCUCCAGCAACUUCCUCCCCUUCAAGACCAACAUUACAGUCCACCCCUGUGUGGCCGUCAAACCCAUGGUCAUACUCUCCUCCCUUACCAAGACUCACCUGCUGCCCAAGGACCCAGCCAAGACUGCCUCAGCCCUGGUCCUGGCCUCCAUUGCCAGCGAGCUCAGCUCCGAUGACCCCUGGAUGAAGAGAGACAGGGUGGACGUGAGGCCCAAGGAGCUGGUGUGUGAGGUGAAGCCAGAGAAGUGGGUGGUGUAUCCACCAGUCAAGACAGACCCAACUAAGAGCAGCCAGGCCUGGCCCCAGGGUGACAGGGCCAGCAGGGUGGACAGUGGCUACGGAGGGGACCGUCACAGCUCCAGCAGCGGGGAGGCCAUCUCCUCUCCAGACUCCUGUAAGAGGGUAGUGGACGGCUCUGAGAUGGUGCUGGUCAGUUCUGGGGAGUGUCUGGUGACUCCUGUCUACUCUGCCGACAUUCUGCGCACCGCCAGUCUGCCCCGUGGCUGGCACCGGCUCAACCGCCACGACGGCCUGGAUGAGGACCCACUCUGCUACGACGCUAACGGAGGAGGGGGGGAGUACCGAGGUCUGGGGGUCACCUCCUCCACCCCCUGUAGUCCCAGGGCGACCCUGGACCGAAGAGGGUAUUCCGGGAAACAUGGCCUGUUUUCCCGCAAGAAAGGUAUACCACCGCUGCCACCAGUACGCAAGUCCAGUCUGGACCAGAAGAACAGGGCAGAAGGCCCCCUCAGCCCCAUGCACGCAGCCAGCCAUGGCCUCUCCUUCUUGAGGAGUACCCCGGAGGACCUGGGCGUGCCUGGUGGAGGGAAACACAAGGGGUGCAACGUGGAGAGCAGCAGGUUAUUCAGUGCUAAACUAGAGCAACUGGCUAACAGAACCAACUCUCUGGGUCGGUCCCAUGGAGGUCACAGCUCUCAUGGCCCCCACUACGACUGCCUAUCUUUGGAGAGGGGGGAGGCCCUCAGCUCCUUGGGCUGGAAGGUGUCAGCCGGAGGGGGGAGGGGGGACUGCACCAUGCCCCGUACCGGACGCAGCCUCACCCGUGGCAGCUCAUUGUCAUCCUCCUCCCCUAAUGGGAACGGUUCCCGUAACAGCCCUGGCAGCGCUCCCCAGUCACCCAAGUCGAGCCAGUCCAAGAUCUCAGCGGUCAGCAAGCUCCUGAUGGCCAGCCCUAAGGCCCGCAGCCUGUCGGCCUCCAGCACCAAGAAACUCAGCUUCUCCACCAAGUCUCUGCCCCAGUUUGUCAACCGCAGCUCCAGUCUUCCUCCCAAUGGAAAGCCCCAGGCCCAGGGUCAGACCAUCCAGGGUCAGACCAUCCAGGGUCAGGGACAGAACCAGGCACCCAGCUCUGGCUCCUGGUCCACCCAGUCUCUGAGUCGCAACCGAGGGGGAGGCCUGGCCGCCAAGCUGCCUCUGAGAGCCGUCAACGGACGCAUCUCCGAGCUGCUCCAGGGCAGCGGAGGCUCUCGAUCCGCUGGUCACAACCGAGGAGGAGGCUCCGAGGCUGGGGAGGAGAGGGGCGCUGGAGGGGGUGGAGGUGGUGUCGGGGCACAGGGAGAGGAAGGACCCUUGGUAGUCCACACCCUCCCGUCUCCCUACAGUAAGAUCACAGCGCCCAGGCAGCCGCAUCGCUGCAGCAGUGGUCAUGCCAGUGACAACAGUAGUGUUCUGAGUGGAGAGCUGCCCCCGGCCAUGGGGAAGACAGCCCUGUUCUACCACAGCGGGGGCAGCAGUGGCUAUGAGAGCAUGUUGAGGGACAGCGAGGCAACAGGAAGCACCUCCUCUGCCCAGGACUCUCUGAGCGAACACAGCUCAGCCACCAGCAGCAGCCGCCGCAGCCUCAAGAACAACAAGAAGAAGAACAACAGCACAGGUACCCAGCGUCGUCGUCUGAUUCCCAGCCUGACCCCGGACUCGUCCUCUCCGGUCAGGAAGCCUGCCAUCAGCCCAGGUGUACGCUGGGUAGACGGGCCGCUACGCCCCGCACCCAGGGGAACCACAGAACCCUUCGAAAUAAAGGUCUACGAGAUAGACGACGUGGAGCGCAUGCAGAGGAGAGAGAGAGGCAACAAGGAGGUGGUUUAUGUCAGUGCUAAGCUGAAGAUCUUGGAAAACAGGCAGCAGCGAAUAUCUGAGGUCCGAGCCAAGUACGACUGGCUGAAGAAAGAGCUGGAACAGACCAAGCAGCAUCUGAUGCUGGAGCCCGAGAAAUGGACCACUGAAUUUGACCUGCAGCAGACGUUUGAGGUGGACUCUCUGGAGUACCUGGAGGCUCUAGAGGUGAUGACAGACAGACUGGAGACCAGGGUCAACUUCUGCAAGGCUCACCUCAUGAUGGUCACCUGCUUCGACGUCACCUUCCGACGCAGGUAGAACUAAGAACGGCCAGGCGGACCACACCUCCUCUAGGACUCAUGGGAAGUGGAGACAACACAACAGGAAGAGAGAGGGAUGGAGCAGAGGGAGGGAUUUCCCUGAGGAGGUGCAGAGGCAGAUGGAGACAAAGGCAUCCGGAGACUAAAGAGGAAUAUUUUUUUAAGCAGCGGGGAAGGGAGUGGGAGAAGAGGAGGAGGAAGAAGAAGAGGAGCAGGAGAAGAGGAGGAGGAAGAAGAGGAGGAGGAAGAAGAGGAGGAGGAGGGAGAGUGUUUUAAAGAAGGAGUAUAUCUGAAGAGGAGGAGGAGAGAGAGUGUUUUAAAGAAGGAGUAUAUCUGAAGAAGAGGAGGAGGAAGAGGAGGAGGGAGAAGGGGGAGGAAGAGGAGGAGGAGGAAGAGGAGGAGGAGAGAGAGUGUUUUAAAGAAGGAGUAUAUCUGAAGAGGAGGAGGAAGAAGAGGAGGAGGAGAGAGAGUGUUUUAAAGAAGGAGUAUACCUGCCAGCGGACAGGAAGAUCACUUUUGCAGAGCAAUUGUUGGAGUUUGUAAAUAAAGUUUUGCUUGCUUUGAAUAAGGCCUGGCUGCCGGAUGGCUAUUAGUCACGUAGGGAAACAAAGAGAAAACAAUGACAGAAAGGAAAGACAACCAACCGUGUGUGAGAGAGACAAGUGCCUUGUGAACACUGACAUCUGAAACAUUUCUCCUGUAUUUGUGUACAAAUGGUGCUCGCUGAAAAAAAUGAUAGAUCUUCAAAAUCAACAUGAAAAAAAGUUUCUCUGUUUCCUCUCCCUGCCUAGCUGUUCUCAGUGGUUUGUACUUAUAUAGUUCUACACUAGUUCUGAUGCAACAUAUGAACUGUUGCGUGUUCGUUUUUCUACAUGUUUUUUUUUAUUCUCUGAAGAAAGUGGGACCACACAAAGUGCUUUAGGGGAUGCUAUAUACAGGUGUAGGAUCUUCAUUUGAGACAGUUUUCUACAGCAGGCACAGGAAAUGUAAAUUAUUAUGUGGAUUAAAAUUAACAUACACUUUUGUAGGGGUUGAUUACAUUUUUCGUAAGCGAAAAUCAAGUCUGACAUUUCUAAGUAUAAAUUACAAACUUCAGAAGCCUUUUUAAACCCCAAAUACAUGUUUAAAAUGUCCUCCUGCAACAGGGUGAUCAAAUAAAGAUCCUCCAUCUGUAAGGACAGACAAUGUGAAUGGUGGUGAAAUGCUAAGCCAAAAGAUGGUUUCUCUGAUGGACCAUUGAUUUCCGUGUCACCACUCGGGCUAUGGUUUUGGCACCCGAAGUUUUCAGUUGUGGGUUCAGGCCUACCGUACACCAAUCCCCCCUCCUACUAACACCUUGACCAGACCGUCCGCAUUGCGUUCGUGAGUGUUGCAAAAUAAAUGGUCACAUUUUAUUUGGAUCGUUUGGAUAGCAUCUGUAGAUGCUCUACUAUGAUGUCAUACUAUCAACAAACUAGCUGUUGAUAAGAAACUGUUUGCUGAGGUUACGGUUACACAUAUAUGUUAUUCAAUCGUUUCAUCCAAACUGCUCGCGCACGUGAACGAGCGUCUGCAUAUAUAAAAUAUAACUUUAUUUGAGAAGCUCGAAAAGAUUCAUGUUCCGCCUCUCUCAUCUACUCACAAGCAUACUAACCCAUGUGGGUGAUUGAAAGAUGAGAGGAGAGAUUCAUCAAAGAUAACUAACUAAAAACUAACGAGGUUCCCCUUUUAUCUGGGAAUUCAUCGUCAGAGUAGAGAAACACACAAUUCGACAAAGACCCAGGAAUAAAAUGAACCAAUUCAGUUAAAAUAACAACCCAAUGUUUAUCUCCCAGGACAAACUAGCAACAGCAGUGUUUCCACGUGUCCACACAUUAAUAUAGUUGGUUCACAGUUGGUUUUUGGUAUUUUAAUUAACCUGCGUGUCAUGAUCUCGUCUGGUGGGGACAGACAAAAUCAACAUGCGCACGUUGGCAUGGGCAGAGCCGGUUUGGUUAAGGUGUGAAGAUGAUCAAGAGGUACAGAGAGACGUUAACUAGAAGGGAGGAGAGAUGGAUGGAGGAGAAAAUGCUAGAAGAAAAUAGUAACAUUAUGAAACAUAAGAAAUACCACAGAGGGAAUGGGUGUAGCUAUGUGAUUAAUGGGUUAAAGUGAAGCUGUCCUACAGUCCAUCUGUUUUACACUAAUUGGUCAUUUGACCAAUCACAUCAGAUCUUUUUCCGAGCUGAAACCGAUAGGUCAAAAGACCAAUUAGGUUUAAAAAAAAUGAAAAAGAUCAGAAUUGGACUGCCUGUGUAAACACAGAUGGAUAUCUGAGCUCAAUAUGAGCGUAGAGGAAAGCCUCCCAUUCACUCUGCUUGGUGCCACUGUCAUGGUGCAUUCACUUUGGGAACAUUUUGUAAAUAUAUAUAUGUGUUGCUUGAGACCAUUUCCAAUCUAAAUGUUUGUAUAACUAUAUGCAUAUAGCCUGUUUCCUAAAAUAACUUUAAGACACAAAUGCUUCUUCUUCAUCAUCCUAUCAUCAACCUAUUGUAUUAUGUACAGUGUUCUUGGGUGUUUUGAAAGGCGUUUAUUUAAGUGGUAAUGCCAGAGAAGCCGGUGUCUGGAAGAUAUAUUGGCACGGGUGUUAGGCCCGAGACGAAGUCAGAUGGAACAGAGUAAAAAGGCAUUUUAACGUUAUAGAUUUAGCCAGUGGUAACUUGUAGAAUGGACACCGACUGGAAUGUGGUUUUAACCAAUCAGCAUUCAGGAUUAGACCCACCCGUUGUAUUAACAUGAAAUGUAUCAUUUGUAUUAUUCUUAUUAUCAUCCUCAAGCUCUUUACCCUUUGACCUCUCCCCUCUGUCAUGGUCAUGAAUGAAGGAUCUUGUUAAUUUAACUCAAGACGUGCUGGAACAGAAAGUUGCUUAUAUUGUAUCAUUUAUUAUUCACACACCUUCUGGUCUGCAAAGCUACUAUGCAUUUAAAAAAUAGACAGAAAAUAAUUGUACAUAUGCUGAGCCCAUUUCAUAUAGAGGUAUAUUCCAACAUAGACACUUAUCAUUUUUAUUUUAGAUAUUUAAUUUUUCCUGCGCUGUUUUUGUUUGCAACUGUUACGUCCUCCUUUGAGAUGGGAAGCAUCUGUUUGAUUGAUGGGGGUAGGAAGAAGUUGUCCCUGGAGGCUGAUCUAAGGUCAGUUCUGUACCCUCUAAUGGUUAAUGAUUAGUACUCAGGGUGGGUAAUCUGGUCCUAGAUCUGUUCCUAACUUCAACCUGGAGCCUGUUGAUGAUGGUACACUCCAGGGUCACGUUCAGGAUGGUGCAACGUUUCAAAACAUGCACAUAUAAAUGUAUCAUGUUGAACAGAUUGUCUGUUUUGUAUAACAGGGAAUUGAGUCCACUCUCUUCGCUGCAUUUCUAACAAUCGAACGUCUCACCUUCCUGAAUACACCCUGGGCAACCCAUGGAAACGUCUCACUCCGGUGGUCAAAUCAAAUGUAUUUAUAUAGCCCUUCUUACAUCAGCUGAUAUCUCAAAGUGCUGUACAGAAACCCAGCCUAAAACCCCAAACAGCAAGCAAUGCAGGUGUAGAAGCACGGUGUCGUGGUGUCUUGGUUGUCAGGGGGUCUGAUAUGUUGUAGAGAGAUCUAUUUCUCUGGCUGUACAGUCUGUGGGGAGUAGGAGAGGUACUGUAGCUAGCAGGGUUGGCCUCAUCAGUCAAUUUUAGGAAGGGAAAUGAUAUUCAGACAAAAGAUCUCCUGAAAAGACUGAAUAGAAAUGGGAUUGACCUGUAAUCCAUCCCAUGCUAGCUAGGCCUUACUGUGCGGUGGCUGGGCAGGGUGUGUGUGCUUUCAGGAGGCACAAACAGGGGGAAAUAAACCCUUUUGAAAUGGGAGACUAACAUAGUUGGACCAAAAAGAUUUCCUCCUAAUUGUGCCUGCUCAACCUGACCCAUGUCUGUGUGUAACUCCAUCAUCAGAAGCACUUCUGACAGACAAACGGACUGAGAAUCUGACGGUGACACAAGGAUUGCUGUAAAUAAAGGAUUGUAUUCAA